GUCAAGAUCAAGAAUCGAAGUAAAAUUAAUUUACGUACGCCUUCGGGCCUUCGGUUAUGCAACUACUACUGCAACUGCCAACUCCCACCUCAGUAUCUAGAGCACGUGCGUUUUCUGUUGAAAAGAGUGGCAGAACCGGUUUUGUAUUGGAUGGGAAGGGACGAUGACGAAGGGAGUUCUGAUUUUCGGAUACUCGGUUCGGCUCGUGCAUCUUGCAGUUGCAUCAUCAUUCACAUGUCCUUUUGUUUCUUACUUUACUGACUUCCGUUCGAUAUUCUUUGCAAGAUAUUCGAGACCGUAGCUUACUUAGUGCUGUAUUCGAAGUUCGAAUUAUGAUGCUAUUAUUGUAACUUUCGGCUAGCUGUUUUAGUGACGGACGAUCGUGCCUUUUAUUUCGACAUUGUUCUGUGUGUUUCGAAUCACAGCUUUAGGAAGCGUGAAUUUCGCCUUGUUCAAUUCUCCUGCAAUCAGAUGGACGAUUCGCCGAUGAAAUUACAAAGCUUGGCUUCGAAAUCGAUUUGCAUUCGGCUGCUGUACGAAUGGGCCGAGGACGAAAUACCCGUAAUCAAUGUUUGGAGAAGAGGUCGAGGAUAUACCGCUUGCUCGGCUCGCGAUUGGUUCCUGUGGCAGUUAUGCGAAAUGCAAGUACCUCAUCGAUUCGCUCAUAUACCGGAUAAAAUCCAGCACCAAAUCGAAGACGAUAUGGCGCUGAUUUUAGAACUAGUUAUAAAAUGGAUCUUGCAUCAUCACUUGUUGAAUGUUUUCUACGACGAUCAGCCAUCAUCUUCGUUGAGCGAAUAUAUCGUCAAGCUGGUUUGGAACCAUCGUUUUAAAAUCGAUAACUUAGCUACGGCGAAAAAUAUCCUCACCAAUGAUAAUCUAACCGCGUUGGAAAGGUUCACCAUAGCUAGUACGUAUUGCAUCGUAGAUGAAAUCGAAAAGUUUCGCGACACGAUGGAUUCGGUUCCGGAAUGGGAUUCGAUAGGGCAGAUAUACGUCGGGUAUUGGACCAGGUACUUGAAGAACAAGUUGGAUACGAUAGAUGUACCGAGAAAUUCGUCGAUCGAAUCGUUCUAUCUGAAAGCUGCGGAAGAGCACGAGUUGUGGUCCGCUGCCGUGUACUUCUUCGAUAAACUGAACCCGGCGAAGAAAUCGGCCGAAUUCGAACGUAUGCUAGAUUUCGCCGAAACCAAUCUGAAAGAUUUGUUGGCCAAAUUAGGGGAAGAUAAAGAAUGGCCGGGAUAUCGCGUGUCGUUCCGCGAUUUCGAAAAUUAUCCAGGAAAUCGUCCAGUAUGGUACCGUGGACCAAGUACGAUUAGUUUGGAAGCUGUUCGAACGUAAAAUGAGUCCGAAGAAUUUCUGCGCCGU